UUGAAAGAGCUAACGCUGCUCAGGAGGCUCGAAAAUCAUAGCAAUGGAUCAAAUAUUACACGCGAAAUUCAUCAUUGGAAUCAUAGGAAAUAUUGCUACCAUAUCAACCAGCCUCGCUCCAAUCCCAACUUUCUGGCGGAUUUGCAAGCGAAGGUCCACGGACGAUUUCUCGUUUCUUCCAUACUUAAUGUCAUUUACAUGCAAUCUUUUGUGGGGAUGGUACGCUCUCCCCUUCAUCACCUCCAACAAUUUCGAGCUUCUAACCAUUUGCAUCGCACAAGUCUCACUCCAAACAAUCUAUAUCCUCCUCUACUUUACAUUCACGGACCGCUACCAAAAGGCAAGCCCUCUGGAAAGAGUUUUUCAAUCUCAAACUUUUGGCAACAUUGUUUUCCAGAUCAAGCUCUUUUUCUCGAUCCUCUUCGUGGGCUUUAUCUUCGCGGUUGAUUCAGUGGCGUGCCUGAAAAUACUUGGCAAGUCUAGAGGGCAAUUCUUUGCAGGAACAAGCGCCACGAUCGCAGCGCUUCUUUGUUUUGCGUCACCACUUUCGAUAAUGGGACUGGUCAUCAAAACCAAGAGUGUAGAGUAUAUGCCACUUCUGGUCUCCCUUGCGCUCUUAUUCAAUUGCGUCACUUGGACGGUUUAUGCCCUUUUGGGGAAAGACGUGUUUCUCACGAUUGCCGAAGCCAUGGGAACUGCAUUGGCUGUCGGACAGCUGAUUUUGUAUGCUUGCUACUGCCGUGUCAAAAAGCCACCGGUCCAUGUGGAAGAGUCACUCUUUGAGUCGUCUAAGGACCACUCCAAAGUGGAGAUUGCUGUCAUAGUUGCACAGCCAUCCGAGGAUUAGGAAGAGAUUAGAACCAUUCAAUUGAUCCGGCUCCUAAACCAAGCUCACAACGCUUGAACAA